AGGAGCAGGACCACAGCUCGUCCUGCUACUGUGCACCUCGUUCAGCCAAGGACAGGGCCAGGCACUGGGGAGCGCUGAGCCUCCUCCCCAUCUAGCUGGCUUGUAGCCUGGGCAGCAGCCAUGUGGCCAUGCCUCUGUGCCAGGACUCGCUGGGAGAGCUGAAUUGCAUUCACCUGAGCCAGGCCGGGGCGGGUGGAAAUCAGGCUGAGGAGAGCCAAGCUGUCCAGUGCAUUCGGGAGAUUGGGGACAACAAGCACUUCCAGAGAAGGUCCCAUCAGCUCUGGGAGUCCUGCGAGGAGAGCGUCAAUGGUGCAGGGGAACAAUAUAGGGGUUUCCAGAGUAUGAUACCAGCUGAGGAACAAGGUAUGUUGUGGCUCUCCAUCGGGGCGGAGGUCCUGGAUAUUUUUCUGAUACUGACAAGUGCCAUCCUGCUGGGCUCUAGAGGGAGUUGUCAUAGCUGGAUCCUAGAUGUGGCGGCUCACAUGAGGUACACAACUAUUUUUCAAAUCACUGUGAACCUGGGAUCAGACGAUUGGAAGCCUCAGACGUGGAACUCUGGAUGGUCAUAUUGCCUCUCCUGCUCUUCCGCCCUCUGCAUGGCUGUGUCCAUCACGGGCACAAGCUGAUACACGGCCACCCCCCUGGAAUGCAGGGAGAAGCAGAGGCACAGAAGAGCCAGCAGCCUCAGCACAACCUCCGUGUCUAAGGCUUUGCAGAGUGUCUGGGCUCCAGGCACGCUCCCAGCCCUGCUGGACGUGCUGUUGUGA